AUGCUGGAAGUGAGUGGGUCGGAAACAGUGAAGUUGGAAGACGUGGAGCACGUGAUAUCUUCCAUACAGUGCUUCACUGACCCGAAAUGUGCCCGGGAUCCGGACGUGGUACAAUGCUGGAGAAGUGAGUUGGUAGAUGGUUGCGCCUUAGGUCAACCGCUUCCUAAAGGAGAUAAUGUCGUGAUGCUGUCUGGACAUUCUGUUGCGACACCGAGUACUCAUGAAAAUCCGCGUCGCAUCAACCGGGAAACAACAUCCACAGAUCCUCCGAUAGCAAUCGAAUUGUUCCACUACAGCAAACCGUUCCCAAUUAAUCGACCUGCGAAUAUGACGGACAGUCAAUUGGUGAAAAUAAAAGAACAGCAAAAGAAGUCCAUUACAAAUGCCAGACGUACGAACGAACGAGUAGACAGAGAGCAAUGUGAAGCAAAAGAUAGACACGUGAAUGACGGUAGCAAACAGAUGGAUAAAAAUGAGGAGAGGGAGAAUCACGUGGAGAAAGAUGGUGAAGGAGUGCUGAAGCCACCAUCUCAAAGAACUCGUCAAAAUUACCGCCAUAUUCUGAAUCACGGGUUAAAGCCCGAUUUGUCACCAUUUUCAAAAUCGAAAUUGACAACCAUAGUUUGUACGUAUGUCGUACCCUCAGUUGCUGUUGUGCAACUUGAAAGAUUGGACAUGCUUGUGGAUCAGAAAACUGUACUCGUAUUUUUAUCGAAGCACAUUUCGGUACAGCGCAACUGUCCUCUGUUUUCUUUCUCAACAGUUAUCGAUGAAUGCAUAGCGUGUUCUGGACAAGUAUCGCUCAAAAUAUUUCUUAUUUCAUGGAGAUCAACAUUGGGGUAG